GGGUUUUAAGGCCGCCACACUCAAACGGCUCCGCCGCUCCCUUUCCCUACCCAACCCAACCCAACCCUCCCCCUUCGACAGCAACCGCGCCGCCGCCGCCGCAGGAGCCGCGCCGGGCCGGGAGGGGGUCGCCGGAGGGAGCAGCCAUGGAUCGGUACCAGCGGGUGGAGAAGCCGCGGCCCGAGGCCGCCGCCAUCAGCGAGAACGAAAUCCGCAUCACCACCCAGGGCCUCAUCCGCAACUACGUCACCUACGCCACCUCCCUCCUCCAGGAAAAGCGGGUGAAAGAGAUUGUUUUGAAGGCUAUGGGACAGGCUAUCAGCAAGACAGUGGCUAUUGCUGAGAUCAUAAAGAAAAGAAUCCCUGGGUUGCAUCAAGAUACAUCAAUCAGUUCAGUCAGUAUUACUGAUGUAUGGGAACCCAUUGAGGAAGGCCUUGUACCAUUGGAAAUGACUCGUCAUGUUUCAAUGAUAUCAAUUUCCUUGUCACCAAAGGAGCUUAACAAGAAUUCAGCUGGGUAUCAAGCUCCCUUGCAUACAGAACCACUUAAGCCGCAAAGAUACCAACAAACACAGCAAUAUCAACAACAGCAGCACCAAUCUAGACCAAAUCAAGUUCAAACAGAUUCAUAUGGUCGUGGACGCGGUAGAGGCAGAGGGAGAGGAAGGGGUUGGGGUGGUAGGGGAGGCUAUGGUGGAGGUUAUGGUGGAUAUGAUAACCAAGGAGGUUAUGGUGGAUAUGGACACCAGGGUGGAUAUGGACACCAAGGUGGUUAUGGCAACCAGGGAGGGUACGGUCACAACCAAGGUGGCUAUGGAGGAUAUGGUUAUAACCAAGGUGGAUAUGGAGGAUAUGAAAAUGGUGGCUGGAACUACAACCGGAACAGAGGAGGUGGAGGUGGCGGUGGAGGAGGAGGCCGAGGAAGAGGCAACUGGGGGUAUGGCGGUCCAGGAUACGAGCGUUCAGGUCCAGGAUACGAGCGUUCAGGUCCAUCAUAUGAACGUGGUGGCAGAGGUGGAGGUAGCCCUGGCGGCAGAGGCUAUGCUCGGGGCCGUGGACGAAUGGGCGGAGGCCGAGGACGGGGCAACCAAAACUAUUAGAUCGUCUUUGGUUUGGAUGUGCCAGCCCGGUCACUGGGUGCUGUAUGAAGAAGAAAACUGUGGAUGCGUUCUCCAUGGAACGGAACCGUAGCACUGUUUCUUUGUGAACAAUCGACUAGUCUUCCCAGCUUUUAGCUAUAAUCACCAAUGGUAUCUGUGGCAUUGCUUCGAUUCUGUGGGAUUUUGACAAGAACGUUAAGUUUUUACCUUGGACGUCUUUCCUGUAUUUAAGAGUGCAUUUUUGAAUAGUUUUUAUCUAUCUUCCUCC